AUGGGAGGUAUAGGGCUUCUAUGGCGGCUGCUGCCGCUGCUUUCAGCGGCAGCCUCGGGUUCCGGGACCGGGACCGGGACCGGGACCGGGACCAGCCAGAGCAUGGGCUCACCGGCCGUGGGGCCGGCGCUGCAGCCCCGGGAGCCUCUCAGCUACUCGCGCCUGCAGAGGAAGAGCCUGGCAGUGGACUUCGUAGUGCCCUCGCUUUUCCGCGUCUAUGCCCGGGACCUGCUGCUGCCGCCGUCGUCCGCCUCGGAGCCCAGGGCUGGCCGGCUGGAGGCGCGCGGCUCGCUGGCUCUCGACUGCGCCCCACUGCUUAGGCUGGUGGGGCCACCACCGGGGGUCUCUUGGACAGCAGGCGCCAGCUCGCCUGCCCCGGCCCCGGCGCGGAUGCUGUCCAGGGUGCUGAAGGGCGGCUCGAUUCGCAAGCUCCGGCGCGCCAAGCAGCUGGUGCUGGAGCUGGGAGAGGACGCGAUCCUUGAGGGCUGCGUCGGGCCCCCAGAGGAGGCGGCUGCGGAACUGCUCCAAUUCAACCUCAGCGAGCUGUUCAGCUGGUGGAUUCGUCACGGCGAAGGGCGGCUGAGGAUCCGCCUGAUGCCUGAGAAGAAGGCGUCGGAAGUGGGCAGAGAGGGAAGGCUGUCCGCGGCGAUCAGAGCCUCCCAGCCCCGCCUUCUCUUCCAGAUCUUCGGGACCGGUCACAGCUUCUUGGAGUCACCAACAAACCUGCCUUCUCUUCCUCCUGAUUCUUUUGCAUGGAAUCUGACCUGGAUAAUGAAAGAUUCCUUUCCUUUCCUGUCUCAUCGCAGUCGAUAUGGUCUGGAGUGCAGCUUUGACUUCCCCUGUGAGCUAGAGUAUUCCCCUCCAUUGCACGACCUCGGGAAUCAGAGCUGGUCCUGGCGCCGCGUCCCCUCCGAGGAGGCCUCCCAGAUGGACCUGUUGGAUGGACCUGAGGCAGAGCAUUCCAAAGAGAUGCCCAGAGGCUCCUUCCUCCUCCUCAACACUUCAGCGAACUCCAAGCACACCAUCCUGAGUCCGUGGAUGAGGAGCAGCAGCGAGCACUGCAGGCUGGCUGUCUCAGUGCACAGGCACCUGCAGCCCUCUGGGAGGUACGUCGCCCAGCUGCUGCCCCACAACGAGGCUGGCAGAGAGAUCCUCCUGGUACCCACUCCGGGGAAGCAUGGCUGGACGGUGCUGCAGGGAAGGAUUGGGCGCCCAGAGAACCCGUUCCGAGUGGCCCUGGAAUACAUCUCCAGUGGAAACCGAAGCUUGUCUGCAGUGGACUUCUUUGCCCUGAAGAACUGCAGUGAAGGAACGUCCCCAGGCUCCAAGAUGGCCUUGCAGAGUUCCUUCACUUGCUGGAACGGGACAGUCCUCCAGCUUGGGCAGGCCUGCGACUUCCACCGGGACUGCAACCAGGGAGAAGACGAGGGUCAGCUGUGCAGUAAACUGCCUGCUGGUUUUUACUGCAACUUCGAGGAUGGCUUCUGUGGCUGGACCCAAGGUGCAGUCUCGCCCCACAGGCCCCGAUGGCAGGUCAGGACCCUAAAGGAUGCCUGGUUCCCGGACCACCAAGGCCACGCCCUGUUGCUCAGCACCACGGACAUCCCCACUUCUGAAAGUGCUACGGUGACCAGUGCUACGUUUCCUGCACCCAUGAAGAGUUCUCCGUGUGAGCUCCGAAUGUCCUGGCUCAUCCAUGGAGUCUUGCAGGGAAACGUCUCCUUGGUGCUGGUGGAAAACAAAACUGGGAAGGAGCAAAGCAGGAUGGUCUGGCAUGUGGCCGCCAAUGAAGGCUUGAGCCUGUGGCAGUGGACAGUGCUACCUCUCCUGGACGUGGCCGACAGGUUCUGGCUGCAGAUUGUUGCUUGGUGGGGACAAGGAUCCAGAGCCACCGUGGCUUUUGACAAUAUCUCCAUCAGCCUGGACUGCUACCUCACCAUCAGUGGGGAGGACAAGAUGCCACAGAAUACAGCACCCAAAUCAAGAAAUCUGUUUGAAAGAAAUUCAAACAAGGAGUCAAAACCCUGGGAAAAUACACCAGGAGAGACCCCCAUCUUUGACCCUACAGUUCACUGGCUCUUUACCACGUGCGGGGCCAGCGGGCCCCACGGCCCCACGCAGGCCCAGUGCAACAACGCCUACCGGAACUCCAACCUGAGCGUGGUGGUGGGGAGCGAGGGCCCCCUGAAGGGCAUCCAGACCUGGAAGGUGCCAGCCACCGACACCUACAGCAUCUCGGGCUAUGGAGCUGCUGGCGGGAAAGGCGGGAAGAACACCAUGAUGCGGUCCCACGGCGUGUCUGUGCUGGGCAUCUUCAACCUGGAGAAGGACGACAUGCUGUACAUCCUGGUCGGGCAACAGGGGGAAGACGCCUGCCCCAGCACAAACCGAUUAAUCCAGAAAGUCUGCAUUGGAGAGAACAACGUGAUAGAAGAAGAAAUCCGCGUGAACAGAAGCGUGCAUGAGUGGGCAGGAGGCGGCGGAGGAGGGGGCGGAGCCACCUACGUGUUUAAGAUGAAGGAUGGCGUGCCCGUGCCCCUGAUCAUUGCAGCCGGCGGUGGCGGCCGGGCCUACGGGGCCAAGACAGACACAUUCCACCCAGAGAGACUGGAAAAUAACUCCUCGGUUCUGGGGCUCAACGGCAAUUCCGGAGCCGCAGGUGGUGGAGGUGGCUGGAAUGAUAACACUUCCUUGCUCUGGUCUGGAAAAUCUUUGCUGGAGGGUGCCACCGGAGGACAUUCCUGCCCCCAGGCCAUGAAGAAGUGGGGGUGGGAGACAAGAGGGGGUUUCGGAGGGGGUGGCGGGGGGUGCUCCUCAGGUGGAGGAGGCGGAGGAUAUAUAGGCGGCAACGCAGCCUCAGACAAUGACCCCGAGAUGGACGGAGAGGAUGGGGUCUCCUUCAUCAGUCCACUGGGCAUCCUGUACACCCCGGCUUUAAAAGUGAUGGAGGGCCACGGGGAAGUAAAUAUUAAGCAUUACCUAAACUGCAGCCACUGUGAGGUAGAUGAGUGCCACAUGGACCCCGAGAGCCACAAGAUCAUCUGCUUCUGUGACCAUGGGACAGUGCUGGCAGAGGAUGGCGUCUCCUGCAUCGUCUCACCCACCCCGGAGCCCCACCUGCCACUCUCGCUGAUCCUCUCUGUCGUGACCUCUGCCCUCGUGGCCGCCCUCGUCCUGGCUUUCUCUGGCAUCAUGAUCGUGUACCGCCGGAAGCACCACGAGCUGCAAGCCAUGCAGAUGGAGCUGCAGAGCCCCGAGUACAAGCUGAGCAAGCUCCGCACCUCAACCAUCAUGACCGACUACAACCCCAACUACUGCUUUGCUGGCAAGACCUCCUCCAUCAGUGACCUGAAGGAGGUGCCGCGGAAAAACAUCACCCUCAUUCGGGGUCUGGGCCAUGGCGCAUUUGGGGAGGUGUACGAAGGCCAGGUGUCUGGAAUGCCCAACGACCCAAGCCCCCUGCAAGUGGCUGUAAAGACGCUGCCUGAGGUAUGUUCCGAACAGGAUGAACUGGAUUUCCUCAUGGAAGCCCUGAUCAUCAGCAAAUUCAACCACCAGAACAUCGUGCGCUGUAUUGGGGUGAGUCUGCAAGCCUUGCCCCGGUUUAUCCUGCUGGAGCUCAUGGCGGGAGGAGACCUCAAGUCCUUCCUCCGGGAGACCCGCCCUCGCCCGAAUCAGCCCUCCUCCCUGGCCAUGCUGGACCUUCUGCACGUGGCUCGGGACAUCGCCUGUGGUUGUCAAUAUCUAGAGGAAAAUCACUUCAUCCACCGGGACAUUGCUGCCAGAAACUGCCUCCUGACCUGUCCAGGCCCUGGAAGAGUGGCCAAGAUUGGGGACUUUGGAAUGGCCCGAGACAUCUACAGAGCAAGCUACUACCGAAAGGGAGGCUGUGCAAUGCUGCCAGUCAAAUGGAUGCCCCCAGAGGCCUUCAUGGAAGGAAUAUUUACUUCUAAAACAGACACGUGGUCCUUCGGAGUGCUGCUGUGGGAAAUAUUUUCUCUCGGAUAUAUGCCGUACCCUAGCAAAAGCAACCAGGAAGUUCUGGAGUUCGUCACCAGCGGAGGACGGAUGGACCCACCUAAGAACUGCCCUGGGCCUGUAUACCGGAUAAUGACCCAGUGCUGGCAACACCAGCCUGAAGACAGGCCCAACUUUGCCAUAAUUUUGGAGAGGAUUGAAUACUGCACCCAGGACCCAGAUGUGAUCAACACAGCUUUGCCAAUAGAAUAUGGCCCACUCGUGGAGGAGGAAGAGAAAGUGCCUAUGAGGCCCAAAGACCCCGAGGGAAUGCCUCCUCUGCUAGUCUCUCCUCCCCAAGCUAAACGUGAGGAAGGACAGGGUCCAGCUGCCCCGCUCCCUCUGCCUUCCACUUCCUCUAGCAAAGCCAUGAAGAAACCAACAGCUGCAGAGGUCUCUGUUCGAGUCACUAGAGGGCCAGCCGUGGAAGGGGGACAUGUUAAUAUGGCAUUCUCUCAGUCCAACCCACCAUCAGAGCUGCACAAAGUCCAGGGAUCCAGAAACAAACCAACCAGCCUAUGGAAUCCAACUUAUGGCUCAUGGUUUACAGAGAAACCCGCCAAAAAGAACAAUCCUCCAGCAAAGAUGGAGCAACAGGAGAGGGGAAACUUGGGACGUGAGGGAAGCUGUACUGUCCCCCCUAACAUGGCAGCUGGCAGACUUCCAGGCGCCUCUCUGCUCCUAGAACCAUCUUCGCUGACUGCCAACAUGAAGGAAGUUCCCCUGUUUAGGCUGCGUCACUUCCCGUGUGGAAAUGUCAACUAUGGCUACCAGCAACAGGGCUUACCUUUAGAGGCCACCCCUGCCCCUGGAACUAGUCAUUAUGAGGACGCCAUUCUGAAAACCCAGCCUGGGCCCUGAGCCUGUUGGCACUCAUUUCUCUUUCUUGGAAACCGUGAGCCCAUGGAGGAGGGACAGGUAAUGGCUCCUCCAUAAACCAGAGACCAAACGUCACUUUUCAUUUUGUGCCAACUUGUUUUGAAGUGCCACAUAAAAGCUGUAUUUUCAAAAUGCUUUAGUUUUGAGCACGGGUUCAUCCUAUUCUUUCAAAAGAAGAAAAUAUCAUAGAGACCAGUGAUAAAUACAAGGCCCAGAUUUGGCUGCAUCAGGUUUUCGUGCAUGGUUGGUGUACACUUCCUCAUGCUUCUUUCAAACUGUGUGUGCUCUGCUCAGUGCGGUCAGAAUUAGCUGCUUACAUGUUUCAUAGUUGGAGUCGUAGGGGUUUCCUUACCUUGUUGAUGUGGACAUGGACCACUUGUGGGGAGAGAGACUAAAAAUUUUUAUUUAUUUGUAAUGCAUCAGCAUGGGAAAGGCAUUCUUUACUUGGAAAAGAAAAAUCAUAGACAACUAACUGAAAAGUCCCGUUAGAUGAUGGUUAGGUCCUGUCAAUUCUCCUGUUUCAUCGGUGAUGGUAAAAAUGUGGUGGAUAGUUACGUGGUAUAGAGAAAGUGUAUAUAUACUCAUCUAAAUGAACUGCAGACAUUGCAAGUGCUUUGGCAUGCUGCAACCCAGGACAGCUCCAGAGAGGCAAACAUCCUAUUAAUACACCUCAUGCCUUAAGAAAACCUGCCCACUGAAAGUGAACAACUGAGUGUGAGGUUUCCUACUGGACUGAAAACUCAAGAUUUAAAUUAUUAAUUACUUAUUUUAAAACUUUCCACUAAUUAAAAUAAACUCUGAUAAUUUAAAAACAAAAAUUUUAAGCAGCAGUGAACAUCCAAGCAUAGAAACAUAUCCAUUUGUGGGCAUAAGUGUCAAUAGAUCUUAGAGGAAAACCUUCUAACGAUUUCAAUCAUGAACGUUAGUUACCAAGUUGGAGUUUCUACUUGUACUGAUAGGUCAUUCGAGUAACAGGCCGCUGGUGGCCCUGGGGAGAGGUAGCAAUGCAGUAUCCUUCCUUCCAGUGUUCACCUGAGCUUUCUCUCCUUCAUCAUGUGAUCAUAAUAUACAUGGGCACACAAAUCCGCUAAAAUAUACACAGCAGAAUUUGUUUAGCUACCAAAUGCAGAUUAAAACGAGGGAUUUCCCUCUGGGUGGCAAUGAGUGAAGGAAUUAGGAAGACUUGGAGCGCUGAGGUUAAUGCUGACGUUAUAGGGCGAGUGCGGAACUUGGUUUUCACAGGUGAGAUUUAUUUCCCUGAAAAUGAAUUGGGAAUCUGUUAAAUUUUACACACGUACUUAUGCAAUAAUGCUUCACUUUGUCAGUAAAUUUUUCUUUCAUCCUUACUUUCUGCUGCUCUUCCAUCUCCCGCCCAGUUUCCUUCCUGGUGGGAGCUAUGCCAAAGCAUCGCUUUGGGAGGAGAGCAUUUUGUGGUACUUGCUAGGCGCUAAGCAAAAGGACUGGACAUGUCCCUACCUUCUCAGUUUCACCUACAGCAGAGGACCACUUUGGACUUGGGAAAGCCAUUCUGUUCUAAGCCAACAGUAGAGAAGUUUCCUUCCUCCGAUGGCAGAUGCCACAUCCUAGUGGGCGCUUCUGCACAUCUGUAGGGGCCCUGAUACCCUGGACGCCACAUUUCCUGAUCUUCUUAACUGCCAAAAAUAUUUUCAUCAGACAUACAUGAAGAUGAAACAUCAAUGAACCCAUCUCUAAAUAACUUUAUCAAGACAGUUUGGACUCCUGCUAGGCACAAAAGUAUAUAGUAUAAUCAUAUAAACAUCAAUCUAACUCAUAAACCACCUGCAGGGGCCCCAGAAUCACACUCUGAGAAACACUCUCCUAAAGCAUAAUAACAGAGGAACUGUCAAAACUAAGAACAAUUUCAUUUUCUAUUUGUAACACCAGUAACCAAUUAAACAGGGAGCAUGCUAAAUGGUUAAAUUGACAAUUCUUUAUUGUUAUUAACAGAGAAAAAAUCUUAUCCUUUUCUCUUCUUAAAAACUACAAAUCCAUUACAUUUUCAGGUUGUGCCUUACUACCACAGAGAUUGGUUGUUGAUUGUCUCUGAUCGUCCUUACCUGUAUCAAUUUUCAUGUAAAUGAUAGUCAAGUCUUAAAAGCCUGUAUACGUGGAUAAGUAAAUAAACACCUGCACACUGAGAUAUGAUGACCUCAAGAUGUUUCAUUUAACUCGCUGUAAGCCCUAGGUAUUAGCAUGAUAUUAAUCUGGACUGUCGUCCACUCAAUAUUGCUCCCACCAUAUGGCUACGGCAACUCACACAGAAGCUGUGGACUCUCAUAUUUAUUAACUAUGAUAGAAAAAUCCACCUAGAACAUGGACAGGGACAAUUAAAGUUUGAAGAAGCUAUGCUAAUUAAAUCAUAAGCUAGUAUAAUUAUAUUCCGUGUCUAUAAAGAAGCCCAUCAAAAGUUCACAACCGUUCCAUUGGGAAAUUAGCAAUUUGUGAGGAAUGACCAUUUUGUUAGUACGUGGCACCUCAGAAUCAAAAUUGCAGGAAUACACUUUAUUUUUUCCGAAGCGUAUGACCUACUUAGUCAACAGACCGGAUUCUCUUCCAUGAGUUAGGGUGUGGGGCCCGGCUCUCUCUGGGUUAUGGGACCUGUCUGUACCUUGGUGUCUCCAAAUACAAAACAAAGCUAAUAACCUCUUUCUCGCUGCCCCUCAGGGGACUCAGAACCUGUGUGAGAGCACAGGCACUCCCUCUUACACUUCUUGAAUUCCCAAGUGAUCUGGAGUUUGGUGCAGGGAGAAGUGCAAAAGUCAGAGUGUGUCCACACACGUCUGCCCACUCUAUGCCCCUCUGGCCCUCUUGGCCCUCCCAUUUGUAUCAUAUUUAAUUUCAUCUGUCACUUGUGUAGUGACAGUAGCAAGAACCCUACCAGAAACCAAGUCCUUUGCAUCCCAAAAGAAGAAUGUGAAGACGCUUAGCACACUAAGAACUGAGUUCUAAGUGUUAAAGAUAAGCAUUACAGAAAGGAAGAUAUGUAAUCAAUUUGAGUAAUUCUUUUUUUUAAAUUUCUGCCAUCUCCAUAUAAUACCUGGUAAACUCUAUCGCUGUAUUAUAUUACGUAACUUCAGACUAAAGUUUAUUCCACUAAGAAAUUCUAAAUGAUCAGGAUGUUUUCAAAGAUUUUCUCCAAUAAUAGCAGGAUUAAAAUUCAUAUUAGCUUACAGACCUAAAACAAGAUGCAUAUGAAUUCAGACUACUCUGAAUACCAGACUCCCCAUGACAAGAUUCAUACAAUUCUAUGAAGUGAGCUGUCAAUCUGUCUUUAGCUAAUGACUUUUUAAAUAGGUCCCCAAAGAACAUACAAUUUGACUUUGCUAAUUUCAUUGCAGCAGAUGGUUCCCCAUGUUGUGUGAACAUACAAAACCCAAACCAGCACUCCCAUAAUCCCCCACAAGAUGCCCUGAAAUAAAAGAUAAUUACUGAGAACAAACAGUGAGGCUUCUAUUAAGAUUCUGAUUUCAUGUGAUAUCCUGAGUAAGUGUAUUUAAUUUUUAAUGCACUACUCAAGUACAAAGCUAUUUUUAGCUCUAGCUUAACUUUAAAACAUUUGAAAAGCUCAGUGUAAGAACAGACUAUUACCUGUAAUUGGGGAAGGGAGAUGAGCUAUAACCACAACACUAAAGCAAUGACUUUCCUCUCAAAGUAAAACAAGUACGUUACCCUUCCAGGUAAAGAUGGCGCCACCAGGCUAACCUCACAAGAACUGCAGGCACCAAGGGCUGCUGCAGUGCCAGGCCCUGUCCACUGCUCAGAUCCCUCUGCUUGACACACCCUCAGGCUAUCCCCUCACUCCACCAAUUUGCUAAGGCCUCUUGCCUCCUUGAAAACAAUUACUUACAAUUAUUUAUCCCACCAUCACUAAAAUGCUCGUUCAGUAGGCACAUUUCAGCUGGUAUUAGUUGAAAGGUAAUCUUAUUAAAUGAACUCUCACUAAGCCUUAGCAACGAGUAUAUUAACGUUCCCUAGAAUAUUUACAUUUUAAGAGCAGUUAUUUGCCAAUAUAGACGAAUAUCACAUUGAUAAAACUUCACAUGAUUAUAACAUCUUGGAUGGUUUCUGUUAUAAGUGCAGAUGGUGGUGCGUUUCCCUGACAGGGAAAUGAACUGGGGCUGCAGUGGUGAGAGAGCCAAAUCUUAACCACUACACCACCAGGCUGACCUCGCAUGGCUUAGUACUCAUCAGUUACAUGAGAGAUAGCACGCAGAUCGGGCAGGAGUUAAACGACCCAGGUAUUAGACUGCAAUUAUCUACCUAUGCGACUCAAGCAAGUUACUUAAACUCACACUUUCUCAUUUAAAAACGUGAGCAGUGAGUUUGGUCUCAAAGCCUCCUUCCAACUCUGAAGUCCGCGAUUCUUUAAGACUUCACCGCUCUAUGAGGCAAAUCCCAACACCUGGCCCACAAUGGGUAGGACACGACUGGUA